AUGGACGUUGCCACGCUCGUGGCGCAGAUGAACGAGGCCCUCGCGUCGAUUCACUCGACGAUUGAGGGUCUUUCGACAUCUGCAGCCGAGAGCGAUACUAAGCUCGACGAGCUCGAGCAGAAGCGUGAUAUGACGCUCGCAGAGCUCAAAGCGGCCUACGAAAAAGAGCGAGAAGAGCUCGCGGCCGUACACCAGAAGGAGCUGGAAGACAUCGCCGAGCAAAGGCGAAAAGAAGACGAAGAGCGGGAAGCCCGUCGCCGGCGAGAAGACGAGGAACUUGCGGCCCGCAAGGCCAAGGAGGACGAAGAGAAGCAAGGCACUUUUGAUACCACUACCCGUAAUAUCGAAGACGAAAUGGACGAUCUCAUGGACAGCAUUGAAGAAGAGACGGCCAAGACGAUAUCAGAGGGCGAAGCAAAGUUGGCAGAACUCGAGGCGAAGAGAACGGAACUCAACCGCAUGAUCGAGGAGCAGAUGAAGGCCGCGGUGCCUCCCGUCCCGACGCGAAAACGUGCGAGAACAGGGCGACGAUCCGGCGCCGUCCCUUCCGCGGAACCGUCUCCGUUACCUCCGCCCGAAACCCCAGCCGAACCGGUUGCAGGGGACAAGAGCGUAGACGAGGAGAAGCCCGCCGAGAAUGGUGUCGCGCCCGAAGAGAAGGCCGAGGAUACCGCUCCCGCGCCACCGGCCGAUGCGCCGGGCGAGGAAGACAAGACCCCCGAAGGUGAUAACUCCCAGCCACAACCCGAAGAACCUGUGGCUGAAAAGAGCUUGGAGGAGGCCACUAGCACCGAGGAGGCACAGCCUGCCGGGGAGGAGGCGGCAUCGGCUCCCGAAGCUGAGGCUGAGGCCGAGAAGGCUCCCGAGGAUGAGCCUGUCGCAGAGGCGGCCGCACCAGAAGAGGCUCCCGAGCCCGCCCCUACGGAAGAUGACAAGGAGGAGCCCGCUGAGAGCGCAGUUGUCCCCGAAGACAGCCAAGAGAGCGCCCCGGCUGAUAGCGAGGAAGCCCCUAUAGAGCCUCCUGCUGAAGCCGAAGAUGCCGCUGGCGACGACGAGAAGCAUGAUGCGAUUGAAGUCAGGGGUCUGGCUGUAGAGACCCCGGAAACAGCGCCUGUCGAGGGGGCUUCUGCUGCCGAGGAGCCCGCUCCCAAAGAGCCCGCUACUGAAGAACCGGCAGCAGAGGAGCCUGCGGCAGCUGCAGAGCCUACGACGGCAGAUCAAAGUGAUGAUACACCUCCACCAGAAGAUCCUUUGGACGAGCCCUCCACCAGAGAAGUUCCAGCUGCUGGUGAAGAAGCCCCCACUGCUGAUGAAGCCCCCUCUGCCGAGGACACUCCGGCCGCUGAAGAGCCAGCAACAGAGGAGCCGGCUGUGAAGGAAGACACCGUUGCGGAUCAGGCGCCUGCUGUUGAAGAGACACCUGCUGUGGAAGAAGCCCCCGCUGCCGUGGAUGCUCCCGCAGAAGACACUCCUGCCACAACAGAAGAGCCUGCCGAAGAGCCAUCUACCAAAGAGCCGACCAAAGAGGACCCCGCAGUGGAAGAGACCCCCGUCGAAGACGCUCCGGCGGAGGAUAAGGAAGCUCUCGAAGAGGCGGCUGCGGAGGAAGGCACUGUCGUAGAUGAGGCUCCCGUCGCCGAAGAGUCAGCAGUAGAAGCUGCUUCGACUAAGGAGGCUCCGAUAGAUGGAGCCCCGACAGAAGCAACUCCGGCAGAAGAAACCCAGGCAGAGGAAGCCCCAGUAGAAGACGCUCCGACAGAGGAAGUACCGGCAGAAGAAGCUCUAGGGGAAGAGGCUGCAGCCACGAAGGCUCUGGCAGCUGAGGAGCCUCCUGCGGAUGAUCUACCUCUAGAUGAUGCACCAGCUCCCGAGGAGGCUUCGACAGAGGGAACCCCAGCUGCUGAAGCAGCCUCAGAGGAACCAGCUGCCGACGAGGAGGCCCCAGCCGUAGAGGCUUCAGCCGAGGAAUCUGCAAAGGAAGAUGUCGCCGCUGACGAGGCAUCCCCCGAAGAGUCUCCCAUUGAGGAAGUCUCCGAUGAAGCCCAAGCAGCGCCGAACGCCCCGGAAGAUGAUGGCUCCAAGGUGUUGCCUCUCGCCGAGGAUGUACCUACUGAAGAGGCAACCGCUGAAGAAGCUGCGCCAGGUGCCGAACCUGAGGACUCCGCCACGGCGGAGAAAGCCAAGGCAUCCGAAGACAGUAUCUCUGCGGAGGAACCUGCGGCAACUAAGGCCGAUGUUCCGAGCCAAGACGAUGCGCCCACCGAGCCCGUUGAAUCCACGGAGGAAGCGAACAAGAGCCCUGAGGAGGAGACAACACCUGCUGAAGCUGCUUCUCACGAGUCAGCACCUGACGCAAGUGAAGAUGCGGCUGACCCAGAAGAGGUCGUGGCAAAGGAUGCCCCAGCCGACGAAACUGCACCGGAGUCGAGCCCAGAAAGUGUGGAAGAUGAUACCCCAAAGCAAGCAGACGGAGAGGCUGAAGAUACUGGUGCCGACGAGGGACCUGGGGAUAGGUCACUGCCCGAGUUCUCGAUGAAGGCUGUCGAGGAUGACUCGGUCGUGGAGGAAGCUCCGGUUGUAGACAGCAGCAAUCCCGUCGAAGAGGAGGCUGCACCAGAGGCGGAUCAGGCGGAGGAAGAUGCGUCUCCGGAGAUCGAUUCUAAGGCUGUUGAUGCAGAGCCAAGUCAAGAAGAGCCCACAUCUCAGGAGAAGGAUGCGCCGCCUCAAACUGAGAAGGCGGCUUCUAACGAAGACUCUGCUGCCGAGGAGCCAGCUCAAGAGAAAGCCAUCUCACCAGAGGAUGCUGACCCUGUGGAGGCUGCGACCACAUCAGCAGAAGAUGUAGCGGCCGAAACCGCAGAUCCGAUUGAGGAACUACUCAAGGAUACCUCUGUGACCGAGGACGCGAAGGAUCCGGAAACCCCUCUUGACGCAGCACCUGCAGAAGAAGAGAAAGAAGCCCAUGCUCAGGAUGCUACCAUUGCUGCCAUAGGCGAGACUUCCACCACUGAGAAGUCUGCCCUUGAGGGAGAGGCACCAGCGGCAGACGACGCUCCUAGCCACGACGAGAUGCCUGGCUCAGAGGAGAUUGAGUCAGGGCAGACACCGCCUAUCGAGGAGACUUCUGCCGAUGGGGCUUCGACUGAACCAGCCCCCAUCGUAGAAGCGGAUUCAGCAGAAGACAAGCCCGAGCCAGAAGCUGAUGCACCUGCGCCAGAGCAGGUUGCCGACGAGGUGACGUCCAAUACAGCGACUGUACAACCGGCUGUUGACGAGCAAGUUGCCGAAGAGGACCCUGUUGAGGCAGCUGCGGUGGAUGACUCGGAGAUCGCAAAGGAUGCAGCUCCCACCGAGGCAGCGGAUGAGCCUACUGAUUCAGAUCACGCCGUGCCCGAAGCAGCUGCCGCUGAAGAUCAACCAACCGCCGAGUCUGAACAGCCUGCAGCUCAAGAUACAACAGCUGGUCACGAUGAAGCUUCAGUUGAGGAAGAUGGGGAAACCGCUCGCGCCUCUCUGGAAGACGAACCUACCAAGGAGAAUAUCACAGACGAAGAGGAGGCACCUGAUGAAGAGCCAAGCAGCGAAGCACCGGCCACUGGGGAGGUCGAGAUCCAGGACGCCAACGAGGAUCAAGCCCAAGAAGUAACUGCCCCAGUCACGGAUGCCGAUACAGUGGUAGCCAAGGAGAUUGACGAACCUGCGGCAUCCCCCGAGGAAGACCUUGCUACAGCUCAGCCCGACCCUGAAGAGAUACAAGCCGAAGUCAGUGAAGCACCCCCGACAACCCACGAGGAGGAAGAGCCUGAGCCAACCACUGCCAGCAAAGAUCUUGACGAUGGAGAUUCCGAACACCGGGACGCUCCAAAUACGCCAGAAGAACAACUCGCUGGUGGUGUCGUUGACGCAGCUGAGAACGAUUCCACUGCUGGACCUUCUGACGCCACCGCCGACGCCCCUGCCGACUCUGAGUUGACGGAGGCCGUUGCUGUCGACGUAGUUGAGGCGCAAGCUCCUGAGUCUGAAGGCCAUGUUGAGAGUGAGAAGGUUGAGGUUGACUCGACUCCAGCUGAGCAUGGUGCAGAGGGAGAGGCCCCUGCAGCUCCUGUAGAUGAGUCUGUCGCCAUCGAAGCAGAUGAGUCUGUCGGCGAUGCCCUUGCCGAUACCGAGGAAACUCAGCCCUCUGCUGCCGACGCUGACAAGGCAUGGUCCGAACACGCCGAGGCUAGUCUUUUAUCGGCGAAGGAGGCAGCUCCUCUAGCAGAUAGCCCCGAACCUAUUGAAGAAGAGGCAACGUCGACGGCAGGCGACGAAGCACCCACUGCAGACAUAUCGGGUCAGCAUGACUCUGUGGAAGAGACCCCAGCCGUUUCGGGCGAUGUCAAGCAAGAUGAGCAAGACAAGGAUCUUGAGGACUCGCAAAUCGUCGUUAGCCAGACAACCGCCGCCCCAGAGACAAUUGCCCACGGAGAUGAAGGCGAUGUAGACGUUCAAGAGCGUAGCGUUUCUCUCGAGGAACCUAGAUCAGCGCCGGCCGAGGUCCAUGAUGUCAGUCAAUCCCAAGAUCACCAUGGGCAAGACGACGACGACGACGAACACGACGCGGCAAUGAUGGCUUCACCUGGUCAUGAAGUUGACGUGGAAAACGAUGCCAUUCAGCAUGACUCCGAUCACGGCGAAUUCGAAGUUGUCGAGGCGCCUCAUGAUGAGGCCGGUUCUGAUGAGGCUGACCAGUCUCGUGGGCCCGACCUUUCCAUGAUCACUGAGCACACUGAGCCUGCUGCGUCCGCAGCCGGUGAUAGCUCUGGUCUAGCUACGAAGACAGAUGAUGGCUUCCAUCCUGAGUCUCUCAGCAGGAAUGUCUCUGAAGCCCCGGACGCAGCUAUUGAGAGUUCUCACAUGACUGAGCCCACGGGCAUGGCUACGGACGAUAGCCACGUGCAGGAUCAACAACAGGAGAGUUCCGCACCCAGUACUCGCUUCUUUGACGGUCACUUUGGCACCAGGCAAGUUCACUUUAAUGAAGAUGAAGAAGAUAACGACGACUCUUCUCCAGUUCUCAGCGUCAGAGACGAGGAUAGCGACGCCGAUGAGCCUGCAGAGACAUCUUACAACCCGUUCACCAGGGCCAGAGCCGGUUCCACAGCUCACGCGCAGCCGACGUUCCAUUCGCAAGACAUACCGUACAAUCCUUUUGCAUUGCAGACAGUCGUCGAGGAGGAGCCUCCCCGGGAGACGACUAACCCGUUCGCGAGGAGUCCGAGCAGAGGGCCUCAAGAGGACUUGACCAACCCAUUCGCGCGCAACACCCCCGCCAGUGGUGCAGAUUUCCUCCGAUCCGCCAGCGCUUUAAGCAACCAUCAGCCUUCUUCUCCCGAAGAGACAUUCGCUCGGUCUCCUAGUGCUCAAGGACUCCGCCGUGAUAGCGUGAGCUCCAAUAACCCAUUCGCUCGAAGCACGACUCCAGUCGAUCGAAGCUUUUCACCAGCUCUGAGCACUCCUGGGCGACAACGCGCACCAAGCAACCCGUUCGCUCGGAGCACAACACCGCAGCAGAGCUACGCACUGGCAGAAGACAGCGACUCCGAGGAUGAGGAGGCCAUGAUGGCGGCAGAGUCCACGUACAAAAACCUCUUCCCUGUCAAUCAAUCACCCGAGGCUGCCAAUGAUGGCUUCGCCUCCGCGGCCCAGUCGAUCGAGCGCCGCCAGCCCACGCCGCAGGUACCGGAGUCGAUGUACACCAAUCCCUUCGCCCGAAAUACUACAUCUGAUCAGAGCUUCCUGCCUACCGCGAGCGCUUUGGGACAAGCUCAGCCUGAUACCCCGUACAACCCGUUCGGGGCCAGGAGUAGCACUGUCGGUGGUGACGUUGAUGAGUCCAUGUUCGACCAAGGCUAUCCUUCCGCAGCUGGAGGGCAGGACUUUGUGGGUGAAGGUGUCAUGGACCCUUCCCAGCAGUUUGUCCAAGAGAACAGUCCGUUAUCGGCCAGGCACCUUGCUCCAGUCACUCUGGACAGCAUCCAAGAGCGAUACAAUAGUGAACUCGAGGAUAUGGAUUCCGACUCGGAGGAGCCAGAGAGUCUGACCACCUCCCAGCAGCUGCCAGCUUCGCAACACCGAGCUCCUCCUCCUCUGCCGAGCAUCGCAGAGCGUUCCCGUCAAGGGUUCGACGACUCUUCUGAAGAAGAGGAGGACUGGGAUGCUCGUGCUCCUCAACCCAGUCAGAUCAAUACCUUGUUGACAUCUUCCCCUUACAGAACGAGCCCCCCUCCCCCUCCACCUCCGCGUAUUUCUAGCUCCCAGGGCCACUAUGCGCAAGAAGUUGAAGACUCAUCUGAGGACGACGGCGACAUCUUCCACGCGCAAUCUCCAGCACGGCUAAAUCCUCUCUCAUCAUCGCAGCAUAGGGCAACCCCGCCACCUCCUCCACCGCCGCGCGCGCCAAGUUCACAGGGUCACUACGCCCAGCAACAAUUAGAGGACUCAUCGGAAGAGGAACAGGCCGACUGGGAUGACGCCUUCGAGCCCGCGCAGCCCAGCACAUUCCCGGCCUCGCAGUUUGGAUCUACUCCCCCUCGUCCACCUCCGAUUCCACCACCCGGUGCCCCCAGUUCCCUGUCACAGAGCCGCUACAACGUUGAAGACUCAGACGAAGAAGAUCAAGGUGUCUUGCCCUCUGCCGCUACCCAGUCCAAUCUUCUUCCCAGUGCGCUGUCACCGUCUGGUUAUCGGGCGACUCCGCCGCCACCACCGCCGCCGCGUGCUCCCAGCUCUCAAGGCUUCUAUCAUCAAGAGCAAGCGGACUCAAGUGAGGACGAACACCCUUUCAGCCACGACAUUGCUCGACCUGGUCAGUUCCCCAUUUCAUCAUCAUCUCAGUUCAGGGCUACACCGCCCCCACCCCCGCCUCCGCGGGUAGCAAGCUCGCAGGGUCAAUACCGCCAGGAGAUUGAGGAGGAUUCCAGUGACGAACAGGACGAGGAUGCCUGGGAUUCGAAUGCCGCUCGGCCCGGUCAGAUACCAAAUCUAUCGACGUCGCAGUUCAAGGCGACCCCGCCGCCGCCUCCGCCUCCGCGCACGUCCAGCGCACUGGGUCGUUACCGUCAAGAACUCGAGGACUCCGACAGCGAGGAAAAUGAGGAGGCAUGGGAAGCUAAUCGAUAUGGCCAGACAACGAGCAUGAUGGGAGCAAGCAACCUGAUGGGGACCAACCAGAUGGGAGUCGACUCGAUGAGAUCAGCAAGCCCGCUGGGAGCGAGUCCGAUGAGAGCCGCCAGCCCACUGCAAUCGACAAGCCCGUUGGCGACCAACCCGAUGAGGGCGUCCAGUCCCCUGGCAUCGACAAGUCCAAUAAGGUCAGCCAGCCCGGUGGCACAGAGCAACCCGAUGGAGUCAGCAUUCAGGGACUCGGUACCGGCAACAAGCAGUCAGGGCCUACCAAGUCAUCAAAGAGAAGAAGGCGGGGAAGAAAGCGAUGAUUCAUGGGAGAAUAUUGGGAAGCGCGGCGGUGAUGAGAUUAGUCCAGUCGACGAGAGGUUCAGCACCGCCAUGCCAACACCACAGCUGCGCAUCGAUAGUUACGAACAGCAGUGGCCGAACGCGAGCAACGAUCAGAUUUCCACGGCGUCAACAUACCUCCAGCCAGCAGGACCAGGUGACUUUACGGAUUCUGAUUCACAAGAGUACGCUACUCCGUUGGCAUCGGCCGGGUUCAGCGCGUCUUCGCAGUAUACGCAAGGAGCCAUGGGCUCGCCCCGUCACCCGGAUUCAACCGGCAAUAAGGACAUCUACGAUCAGACAUACAAUCGAGGAGGAGCAAUGUCUCCGUAUGGUCAAACUCACGAGACUUCACUCGCCGACGAGCUCGCCCAAGAAGACGACUCGGACGAUGACAGCGAGUAUGAACACUCGGAAGCCCCGGCCUUCCUCACCCAGAUCGGCACUGCACAACAACUGCAGCAGCAGCAGCAGCAAACGUCAAACGAACCUGUGUUGACGCAAGUCAUCGACUCCUUCGACAGCGAUGAAGAUGAUGGCCCAAGGACUGCAGUCAUGCAGCCGGCUGAGCACCCCACACAAUAUGCCUCUUCCCGUUUCGGAGCUUCGACUUGGCGGGAUGAGCUUCGUUCGCCUACCAUGUUCGGUGCUACCAGGCACAGCCGCUCUGGGUCUUUGUUGAGGGAGGAGGUGCAGAAAUCAGUCCACCAAGAAGCCACUGCUGGCUACUCAUCUCCUCUGCGGUCCGCUUACGAGCCUGAUACCCAGGUAGAAGGUUCUUAUGGCGGGCAGCAAGCUCAGAUGCAUGGCCAGGACGUCUAUGGACAACAGUCAGCCGAGUAUCACGCGCAAGACGCCCUUGCCCAGCAGCAAUAUGGUCAAGCUCAGUUUGAUCAUGACCAAUUCGAGACCCAGCCCUACGGACAAGCACAACUCCAGCCACAAUACGGACAAGCGACUUCGUGGCAGCCCGGGGUCCAGGUCCCUGAGAUACAGGCGGAAGAGGAGCAUGAGCAGACAACUCCGCAGUUGGCACCACAGCAAAGUGAGCAAGCACCGGACAUCAGCCCCUUAGCGUUGCGUCAGGAAGAGUCCCCGGCGACGCCCUCGUCGUCGCAGGGGACACCCUCUCGUGGACUCGCGUUCAGCAGGCACAAUCCUGACCGGCCGCAGACUCCGCCUACAAUGCAAGCCGAAGGGGAUUUUGAUCCCGAGCUCAUGGUCCCGCGCGAUGUGACCAACGUCCCCUGGCACGCGCGCAACGACUCGGUCCCUCACUCGAUGCGAAGCCAGAGCACCCUCGACUCUGUUGCGUCGUCCCCGAUUCAUUCGGCGUUGCACGCUGACAAGCACGAGCCGGUGAUUCGGGACUCGUGGCCUGCCUCCGUUCAUCACUUGACCAGGCCGCGCAACGACUCUUCACUCACCGACCGUGAGGAAUAUGAUCCAUUCAGAGAUAGCGAGGAGGCGGCAAAGGCAGCUCGCGGACCGUCGGGUUCCGUGGGCUCCAGUUCAGACAGCCCUCCGCGGAACGCGGCGACCACGAACAACAACUCACCUGGAAGCCUCAUCAGCAGAAUGCGAGGCAUCUUUGAGAACAACCAAGCUAAGCAAGAGCCGGCCAGUCCGGUCCGAUCGCGACCGGUGUCGGGUGUUUUUCACCCCGUCCGGCGCAGCAAGCCCGGCGGCGGCGAUGACUUUGAGGACCGCGGAUACGAGCGCAAAGCAGGGUUUCUCAACGAAGCCGAAGACGAGGUUGACGAGCAGAGCGCACUCCUACGAAGCUCUGCUGGCGGGUUGGAGGCAAAUUGA